ACCAUGGCCAAGCCCCGCCAGGAGCGGAACAGCUGGGGUGGUUUUUCAGAGAAGAACUACGAAUGGAGCUUGGAGGAGGAAGAUGCGGAGAAGAAGGCCCGGCCAGUGCAAGUUCUCAUUGUGAAAGACGACCACUCCUUCGAGCUGGACGAAUCCGCCCUCAACCUCAUUUUGCUUUCCGAAACCGUCCGCGAUCGGGAGGUGGUUGCUGUUUCCGUGGCGGGGGCUUUCCGGAAAGGGAAGUCGUUCCUGAUGGACUUCAUGCUGCGAUACAUGUACAACAUGGAACUGGUCGACUGGGUUGGGGAUUCCAACGAGCCGCUGACGGGCUUCUCCUGGAGAGGUGGUUCGGAGCGGGAGACGACGGGCAUCCAGAUCUGGAGUGAGAUCUUCCUUGUCGACAAGCCGGAUGGAAACAAGGUUGCCGUGCUCCUGAUGGACACCCAGGGAACCUUUGACAGCCAGUCGACCCUGCGGGAUUCGGCCACCGUCUUUGCUCUCAGCACCAUGAUUAGCUCCAUCCAGGUGUACAACUUGUCACAGAAUGUACAGGAAGACGAUCUCCAGCAUCUGCAGCUCUUCACAGAAUAUGGGCGGCUGGCCAUGGAGGAAACGUUCUUGAAGCCCUUCCAGUCCCUAAUAUUUCUUGUCCGUGACUGGAGCUUUCCCUACGAAUUUUCCUACGGUGCUGAAGGAGGUGCAAAGUUUUUGGAAAAGCGCCUCAAGGUCUCUGGAAACCAGCAUGAAGAGCUGCAGAAUGUCCGGAAACACAUCCACUCCUGCUUCACCAAAAUCUCCUGCUUCCUUUUACCUCACCCGGGCUUAAAAGUGGCCACCAAUCCAAACUUUGACGGGAAGCUCAAAGAAAUUGACAGCGAUUUCAUCAAGAACUUGAAGGUGCUGAUACCCUGGCUACUCAGUCCCGAGAGUCUGGAUGUCAAGGAGAUCAACGGGAAUAAGAUCACCUGCCGUGGCCUGGUAGAAUAUUUCAAGGCCUACAUUAAGAUCUACCAAGGAGAAGAGUUACCUCAUCCGAAGUCCAUGCUGCAGGCCACAGCAGAAGCAAACAACCUGGCCGCUGUUGCCACUUCCAAGGACACUUACAGCCGGCGAAUGGAAGAGGUGUGUGGAGGUGACAGACCCUUUCUCGCCCCCAGCGAUCUCCAGAGCAAACACCUGGAGCUCAAGGAGGAGGCAGUGCGGCAGUUCCGAAGCGUGAAAAAGAUGGGUGGCGAAGAGUUCAGCCGCCGAUACCUCCAGCAGCUGGAGAACGAGAUCGACGAGAUCUACGUCCAGUACAUCAAGCACAACGACAGCAAGAACAUCUUCCAUGCGGCCCGCACGCCUGCCACCCUCUUCGUGGUCAUCUUCAUCACCUAUGUGACGGCCGGUGUCACCGGCUUCAUUGGGUUGGACAUCAUAGCCAGUCUGUGCAACAUGAUUAUGGGGCUGACCCUGAUCACCCUCUGCACGUGGGCGUACAUUAGGUAUUCUGGGGAGUACAGAGAGCUCGGGGCCGUCAUAGACCAAGUGGCCGCAGCGCUGUGGGACCAGGCUUUGUACAAACUUUACAGCGCAGCUGCUACUCACAGACAUUUGUACCACCACGCUUUCCCCACGGCGCAGAAGCCGGAGCCUGCUGAAAGCACGGAAAAGAAGACGAUGUAACCCAGGAGAUGCUUUCCACGGAGGUGCAUGAAAACACA